AAAGUAGGAGGAUACUGUGCGAAAGCAGUGCAAGAUUUUGAAGCAUACGAAAAGGCAAGAAUCGAAGCUGGCCUUUCUGUGGCCGAGGAACCGUGUGCAUCCGGUGACAAUAAAGAGAACAACGGAGCUCUUAAUGGCGACAAAUGUCAAGAUGAUGGCAUUGAAGUUGAUGCAUGGGAAUUGCUAACCGAAACAAAGAUCUGUGACAAGCUGCCAAAUAACAUGGAGGCGAUGUUAAUGUCUAAAAAGUGGAAAGAACGCGUGGAAGUUUUGGAGGUACCACUUUCUUGA